UACCUCCUCGUCUGCGUGAGUGGACUCGCCCUGCUCGUUUGGUGUUGGUGGGAGUUGGUGCUGCGCAAAGAAACACAUCUACGACAUGUUGCCGAGCAACAACAGAUUUACCAGCGGUAAAAAAAAAAACGACUGUCGAAUCCGGUGCAGCAUGCACCACAUGGGUGGCAGGGCUUUAUCGGACAGAGGAAAGAUCUUGAAUGUUUUCAACAAGCAAUUAAAAACAACAGAAAAAACCCAUUGCUCAGUGAACAGCUUAACUGUAGACUGCAAAUGUUUAAACCAUGAUAGUAUGACAGAUGGGCAGCACAAAAUGAAACGACUGAAGAGCCGCAAGGAGAGGAGUCAGAUGAGAGGUGGUAAGAAAGAAGCCUCAACGUCCAAAUCACAUCACCAUCACUGCCGUCGCCAAAGCAGUAAAGACAUGGCACAUUUCCAGAACGGCUGUCAUUGUCCUUCAAGGAAAGAUGCACCAUUUCCAAACAUCAUUCCUGCUGCACAAGAGCCCAGUAUCAUCACAGACAGUCGCCUGAUAGGACACCAUGGCCUGUUCAACCAUGAGGUGAAGUCUAUCGACAUUGAACGCUUGUUAAGUGAGCAGAGAAAACGUGGAACGCAAGUACAAGAAAAGAACAACGCUACUUCACAUCCAUCUUCAACAUCUCACAUUCCAUCUCCAUUAUCUAUUAACGAAUUGUUGGGUGAGGAUACUGAUGAGGUUCUGCCAAUUGAAAAAGCAAAAGCCCAUGAUGAUUGCCGGAAGAAAGGGAAGAAAAUCAGUCAGGGAUCGGAUGUUACACCGGUGCAGAGACCGCAGCAACAACCUGAUCUUUCACCGGAUAGUGUUAAAAGCAUCUCCUCCGCUAAACGCAGCUCCCUCGAUGCAGUGAUAAUCAAGAGCAAGAAGACCGACCCUGUCAUGUCUGAAAAGGGCAGAGAGUCACAGCUGACUCCCACUGUUGUCAGAGAAAAUGUGAAGACAUUAAACAGGAAGGUAAAGGGAAACGUGAUUUCUAAUCUGGAGCACACCCCAAAGAACCAGGAGUCUCCCGUUCACCAAACACAAGCUCCUGGUCUCAGUCUGAGCCCCCCUCAGCCCUCCAGCUCACCCACUGCUGACAGCUCUGACAUACAGAAUAGAAGACGAGAUCCCGUCUGUGUAUCCAAGUCUGUCAGUACAUUGGCAGCGGGUUUGUGUGACUGUCUGCAGUUUCCACUUCUGAGGAGGAGAAACCUGGUGGCAGAGAGCAGAGAAGUGUUGUUGAAAGCUCUACGGGAGAGACAUGGACCCCGGCUUCAGGAGAACCUCCUCGAGGUGCAGCGAAGCAUCAGCUUCGGUGAUGAUUCCUCAAAGAAAGUCCAGGAUCAUGAGCCAACCAUGAUAGAUGAGCUCUCGCCUUUAGAUGCAUUUACAACAGCGUUUCAAGCCACUGCCACUCAGCCAUGUUUUGACUCCGAGAAAACCACACCUUUCAGAAUGACGGGAACUGGGCGUUUUAACUGGAAGUCCAGGCCACAUCAAAACCUGGAACAGACUGCUGAAUGGUUGACAAGCCCUGUGGAGACUUCUGUCAGCCUUUUGGAUGAUAUCCUUAGACCUACUUGCGCUCCACAGUUCUACAUGGACUUUGAGCCCUCUGGAGUUACAGCGAGUGAUCAUUUGUUCUCUCCCACAUCAUGCUGGGAAGAAAAGGCUUCUGCAUCUCAUCACUGGGAAGACAGUUUUAACAGGCUAAAGAGCAAAGAGGCUGUUAUGUUUAACCACACCAGAGCAGUUCCAGAGAGGAGCAGUUGGUCUCAAUUCAGUGGAAUCAACAUCCAGCGUUUCUGUCCUUAUCAAACACAGCUGCCAGAUAGACAUUCACCAGCACCAACUCACUUUCCCCGGGAGAAAGACCCAUUUGAAGUUGAUAGAUCCUCUUUUGCUCCCUCCUUUGUCCAAAUUCACCAUCCUCAGCAGAGCUUCCAGCCUUUCAGCCAAUUCAGUCACCCUUCACCCUGCCUUCCCCUCAGGUCCCACCACACUGACAUGAUGCAUUACCCACCAUCUCACAUGCUUGAAAAAGAUACAGUACCUCCCCUUUCUUCUUUCCCAAGCCCUGGGCACUGGUCCUUCCCUCCUAUGAGACUGUACUAAUGUGUGGUAAAGCUCUACAUAGAUACGUGCCUGUCAACAUUUCUAUGGCUAACAAAAAAACAAAACAAUACUUUCUUAAUUCAUACCAUCAAGACUUUUUGUUCACGGCCAGCAAAAAUAUAUGUUGUGUGCUCAUAAUUUGAUCAAAAACAUUAUCAAAUAUAAUAUCAAUAUAAAACAUAUUUUAUGCUUUUGUCUCAUGUAUGCUGAGAUAAAGAAAUUGUAUGUUAUGUUUAAACACACAAUUAUGUAUUGUUUGCAUCCUUGGAACAUUUUUUUAAUAUGCAGAACUGUACACAUUUUCUUAAACAUAGGUGUUAUAAUGGGAAAUUAUUUACAGAACAAGAAUUUUAGCCACGAAUGUGCUAUAGUGAAAGCUACGGUAUUUGAUAUUUUGUUGUGUAUGUGGGCUACAUUUAAAUGCAAUGAAACACAUUUGUAAUAAACAUUGUAAUAAAACAGACAGGCAAUGUUAAGCAUUGAUAAAUGUAAAAUUAAAGUUAGCACAUGAUGUUAAAUGACA